UACCUGUUCCUCGAUCCAGCCACGCGCUGUCUUCCCGACUUCUGUAAUGGCGCUCGGCAUGACAGCCGGGUGCCCAGUGCGCAUGAGCGAGAAGCACUUGCGCUUUGUGAUUGGUCCGGCGGCUUCUGGGAUCUGUCAUGUGUCCCAGGUACCGCCUUACCAUUCACAAAAAGCACCGCUUCUUGCACAUGUGCACUUGGCACCCGGCUGUCAUGCCCAGUGCCCACACUACAGAAGCCGGGAAGACAGCACGCCGCUGGAUAGAGGAACAGGUAAGAUGACUGCUGACCUUUGGGGAGGUGGGGAGCGGGUACCUGAAUUUGACAGGUACCCGCUCUUACUUCUGCAGAGUUUUUGUUUGAUCUUACCUGUUCCUCGAUCCAGCCGCGCGCUGUCUUCCCGGCUUCUGUAAUGGCGCUCGGCAUGACAGCCG